UACAUUUGUAAAUGAGAGUGACAGAGGAGGGAUAGCGCGCAUGCUUUGUGCGCGUCACUCCUGUCAGCGGGUACCUGGAACAGCUGGGUUUACACGCGCUUUCUCUGUCCACGGUUGUGAAAGCUCCCAGGCUGCCUAAUUUUAAACUUAAAUAUAGUAUUAGCAUCCAUUUUUCACGAUGUAUAAAACCAUUGUGUGAUAUAUGUACAUAUCUAAAUACGUGAUGUCUCUGAUUUUAGCAUUUUAAAGAAUAAUUUCAAGGUUUACUCUCCAGUGACGAUGGACAAACGAGGAUUAACUGAACUCGAGGGAAAGGAAAACUUCAAGGACAUUUUAAUUGCUGCAAAAGAAGACCAUAUCUGAACGCUUGCAUGUGUAGGCGUUGGAACAGAUCAUACUCACGUGGGGAUUAAAAAACGAAUGCCGAUUUUUGCUUGUCCAAAUACUCAAAUCGUCGAGUUUUAUGCACUAAAGGAAUAUGCACCCUACAACUCAUUCAAACUGAAAGCCGAUACUGCAAUCUGAUAAUAACGAGCGAAACAACACAUUAGGAUAUGGAUACCCUGAAAGAGCGAGUUUUUGCCCCUAGUAAGGCGGGACUGAAGAAUCUCGCGGGGAAGACGCUAGGACAUAUACACAGGGUUGUGGAAAAGAAGCAGAAAACUGGUGAAGUAAUAGAGCUAACGGAAGAUGGCCGUCCAUCCGAGAUAACUGAGAAAAAAGCCCCCUUGUGUGACUGCACGUGUUUUGGCCUCCCUCGCCGUUAUAUCAUAGCCAUCAUGAGUGGUCUUGGUUUCUGUAUUUCAUUCGGUAUCCGUUGUAACCUGGGGGUCGCCAUCGUGGACAUGGUCAACAACAGCACUGUCCACCGGGGCGGCAAGAUUAUCGUAAAAGAGAAAGCAAAAUUUAACUGGGAUCCAGAGACAGUCGGGAUGAUCCACGGCUCGUUUUUCUGGGGAUACAUCGUGACACAGAUCCCGGGAGGAUACAUCUCCUCUAGGCUGGCAGCGAACAGGGUGUUUGGUGCUGCUAUCCUGUUGACAUCAACACUCAACAUGUUUAUUCCUUCUGCUGCACGUGUGCACUAUGGUUGUGUCAUAUUCGUGAGGAUAUUACAAGGCCUUGUUGAGGGUGUGACCUAUCCAGCAUGCCAUGGUAUCUGGAGCAAAUGGGCUCCACCCUUAGAAAGAAGUCGCUUGGCUACCACUUCUUUUUGUGGUUCCUAUGCUGGGGCUGUAGUAGCCAUGCCUCUGGCUGGAAUCCUUGUGCAGUAUUCAGGCUGGUCCUCUGUAUUCUACAUUUAUGGGAGUUUUGGUAUUCUUUGGUACAUGUUUUGGAUUCUUGUGUCUUAUGAGAGCCCAGCAGAGCACCCCACUAUUACAGAUGAAGAGCGACGCUACAUAGAGGAAAGCAUUGGAGAAGGAGCCAAAUUGCUUGCGGCAACAGAGAAAUUUAAGACACCCUGGAGGAAAUUUUUUACCUCCAUGCCCGUCUAUGCAAUCAUCGUGGCCAACUUCUGCAGGAGCUGGACCUUCUAUCUCCUGCUCAUCAGCCAGCCAGCGUAUUUUGAGGAGGUGUUUGGCUUUGAGAUCAGUAAGGUUGGCAUGCUCUCUGCGCUACCCCACCUGGUCAUGACUAUCAUAGUGCCCAUAGGUGGCCAACUCGCUGACUUUCUGCGCAGCAAGAAUAUCCUGUCCACCACCACUGUCAGGAAGAUCAUGAACUGUGGAGGAUUUGGGAUGGAGGCUACUCUGCUACUGGUAGUUGGCUUCUCCCACAGUAAAGGCGUAGCCAUCUCAUUUCUGGUGCUAGCAGUGGGUUUUAGUGGCUUUGCCAUAUCAGGCUUCAAUGUGAAUCACCUAGACAUAGCACCCAGGUAUGCCAGCAUACUGAUGGGUAUAUCCAAUGGAGUUGGUACACUGUCUGGUAUGGUUUGCCCCCUCAUAGUGGGUGCCAUGACCAAAAACAAGACCCGUGAGGAGUGGCAAAAUGUGUUCUUGAUUGCCUCGCUGGUGCAUUACGGCGGCGUGGUGUUCUACGGGAUCUUUGCCUCAGGUGAGAAGCAGCCAUGGGCCGAUCCAGAGGAGACCAGUGAGGAGAAGUGCGGCUUCAUUGAUGAAGAUGAGCUGGCUGAGGAAACCGGUGACAUCACACUAAGCCAUGCUCCACUGGGAGCCCAGGGAGCCUUCGGGCCCCCCCCGAAAUCAUAUGGAGCCACAACUCAGCUGAAUGGGGGAUGGGCAGAGGGAUAGUAUAAAAAGGGGGAAUACAUUCAGGAGGGAGCAGAGCCAACCUAUCCUCAUGGUAGAGAUGGAUAUUCAUAGAAUAUUUAGGGAUGGAUUACGUGGGUCACUACAGAAGUUUUAAAAACCUGAAAAGAAUUAAAUGGUUGUGGUGACUGAUCUGAAACUAUCUGCAUAUAGUUUGCAGUGAUGCAAACUGCAAAGUUAAUAAAGGGGGAAUGGGUGAGACAAAUUCUGAAAUUAUGAAGCAGGAAGCAAGAAAGAUAAUUACUUAAACAGCUAUUGUAUACAUAGAAAAGGGACUUAUAGAUAAUUUAUUAUAAAUGUAACAAAGUCUUUAUUAAUCAAAGAAUGUAAAAUAGUUUGGAAAUCAGUUACCGUAUUUAAAAAGGUCUUUCAUAGAAUGGUAUGAGAGAGUUCAGGAAGUGUUCAAAUAAAGACAGGUUGGGUCCUAUUAUAUUUUACUCAACAUUUUGUUUAACAUUUUGACCUUAAAUAAAUUAUAAGAUUGUAUAAUAUGAUAAACAGAUAUGUACUAAUUAUAAAUAUAUAUACAAAUGGUUACACAAUAUAGUUCAUAAAUUAACAAUUCUAGAGAAUAUUCAUAUUCUCAUUCACAUUUCAUAUUUAAUGUAUAUUUGAUCCUGAAAUUGUUCUCCAUAAAAGAGGGGAUGUGUAGUUUUUAUCAGUUGACACAUCACUAGUAAAACAGAAUAUUCCAGAGUGUUGUUGGUUGACAUGAUGAUGAGCAAGUGCAUUUUUGCCAUUGUAGAUUUUGAUCUUUUGGAUUUAUAAAAAUAGGCAACAGUAGGUUUUACCUAAAAUACCUUAAAUGCUGUACACUAUAAACUGGUCCACUUAUUUGGGAUCUAAUCCUUAAAGCAAAAUGAAAAGUACAUUGAUUGAUACUUAAAUGGCGAAUUAUUGUUUAUUUAUUUAUUUCUCAGAAAGAAUAUAUGGUAUAAAUUUGAAGAACAUAUUGAUGUACUUACAUAUGUCAGUAAAUUAAGAGGUGUAACAAUGUAUUAACGUUCAAAUGUCUGACAGUUCUUUUGAUUACAUGUUUGAGGUGCCCUCUUAUACCCAUUGUGGCACAAAUCUAAUUUUACAGCAUUAAUUUGAUUCAUUUUACAUAUGUACUUCAAGGAGAUGUGUGUGGUAUGAGAUCUGUAUUGCCUUUCCAAUACAAUCCUGUACUCUAGCACUGAGGCAGUCUAGCAAGUAUUUCUUCAAGAAAGCGAUUUAAUUUCUUGUGUUUAUAUAGAUCUACUGUUUCUGUGAGACUGCUGGGAAGUUGUGUUGGUGAUCUGUAUGCUUCUUGCAGUGCAAAGGCUAUAUUUUUCAUAGACAGAACCAUAUGAAGGCUCACAAUUUUAAAGUAUAUUGAGAUGUCAAACAAAGCAUGCUAUAUAUGUUGUCCAACUGAAAACUCAAUGAAACCUUCAUACAAAUGCUUUGUGACUAACAUUUUCUGCUGUAAUCAUCAUUGAAAGUUGGUUUAAUGUUUGAUAGAAUUUCUUGCAGAUACCAUCUUUAAGUCCAAUGUGUGCUUGAUAUGCUACCCAGGACAAGUGUAAGACUGCUUUUCAAUGGCUGAAUUGAUUGAUGAGAAAAAAAAAAAAUCUUGUUACAUGGAAAACGAUACAUUGCAAUAAGUUAAUGGGAGUGGUAACCAUUAUAGCACAUAAAAUAUAAUGUGAAUCUAAGUCAUUUUAUAUUAGUUGUAUAUGGUGUGAUGUGAAGAGUUAAAACUAAUGUGGAAUUAUAAAAGAAAGGUGUAAAUCCAGCAUUUCGCUUUCAGGGGACAGAUCUUACAAUGUCUGCAACAGCUUGGGGGAGUUUGUUGCAGUUUUCUGAAAAUGUGCCAUAAUUUCAUUCUCUCUAGUCGGGCUAGCUGUUUCAUUUUUGUGCCACUAUGAACUAGCCAAAGCCCUUUAUACAUAUAUGUAUUUGGGUCAAAUAUGAUGCGUGUUAGUGUUCACAAAAAAUAAAAAUAAAAACAGCAUUAAAUGUCAUUUUAUUGUGGAGAUAUUCAGAUAUAU